CUGACGCUUUUCGCAGUGAUUGGAGACAAGCGACCGUGCAUGUUCCCAAGCCAGUUGUUUCUGGUACCAGUAAGCUUAAAGACCCUCCAGGUCGAUACCUGCCUACCUAGACUCCUGGGCUCAUUCAGAUCAAUACGAGUGCUGACAAAAGACGCGCGCGUACCUCUGGCUGGCUGAGAAGACCCUUCAUCCCGAGAGGAACAGGUAGUUCUGGCAGCGAGUAUAUCUUCAAGAGUUAGGCGUUUGCUCACUCUAAGGUUGACGUUGAAGGCCUUCGUACUCAACCUGUGGGAAGAGACAUCUUCCCCUCAAUCGCUAUAAAACCCGGGGAGGAAACAAGGUCGAUCUUUAAAGACUUGAUUGACGGGACGGAAAGCCAUCUUUUAUAACACACAGACAGCAGUUGGAAUUGGAAUGGAGUCAGACGCUCGGAACACAAUGCUAUGGAAGUUCUUCUGCUGCCUUCUAUGUUCUGUGGCCAUUCCACUGAGCGUAUGCACAGCAACUGUAGCAGAUGACGUAAAGGACGAAGGAAUAGAUGCUUUUGAAGAACCAAAGGAUUUACAAAAACGUAGCACCGAGGACGACUUCGCUAAAAGGCCCUUUGAUGAACUGGCAAGUGGACUCAUUGGAAAACGUGCUUAUACUCCGUACAGAUUGUUUCGGUAUCACACAUUCAAACGCCCAUUUGAUCCUCUUGCAAGUGGCCUUAUAGGAAAACGCUUUGAUCCUCUUGCAAGUGGUUUGAUCGGGAAACGACCAUUCGACCGACUUGCAAGUGGACUAAUUGGAAAGAGAGCCCCUUUCGACCCCCUUGCGAAUGGCUUGAUUGGAAAACGACCCUUCGACCGACUUGCAAGUGGGCUUAUUGGAAAGAGAGCUCCCUUCGACCCCCUUGCCAAUGGGCUAAUCGAGAAACGACCCUUCGACCCACUCGCAAGUGGUCUUAUUGGAAAGAGAUCACCUUUUGAUCCCCUUGCCAGUGGUCUUAUUGGGAAACGACCCUUUGAUCGUCUUGCUAGUGGACUGAUUGGAAAACGACCCUUUGAUCGUCUUGCUAGUGGACUGAUUGGAAAACGACCCUUUGAUCGACUUGCAAGUGGGCUAAUCGGAAAAAGAUCGUUCGAUCCCCUUGCAGCCGGAUUGAUUGGAAAGAGACGCCCAAUGGACCCACUUGCUAGUGGACUGAUUGGAAAACGACCCUUUGAUCCGUUGGCCUCGGGACUAAUCGGAAAGAGGUACUUUGACCCACUUGCGAGCGGAUUGAUAGGCAAAAGGACCUCAGAUGAUUUCGAGAAAAGACCAUUUGAUCCGUUAGCAAGUGGCUUGAUUGGAAAGAGAGACGCAGAAUGAUCAUUCAGACAAGUUCUAAAAACAGGUUGUGAAAAGUUAGGACUCACAGAGUAAAAGCUAUAUUUUGGACUGAUUUUGACUUUUGUGCCAUUGUGAAAUCGCUCAUACAUGUUGACAGUUGCAGUAUCAUACCGCACAGACACAUUAUACAUAUGAUGUUAUUGUUAUUAUUAUUAUUACUAUUAUUUUAUUAGUAUUAUUCCGAUGCGAGGGGUCAACAUUUGGCAUUUUGUUAACGUAAAUCAGAACCUGAUAUUUAUAUAUGUAAAGCCGGUAAUAAAUAAUAGGGUAUUUUAUUUGGGUUUUUUUCUAACCUGUUACUCUUCCGUGAAACGGACAACUAAACAGGAAAUGUUAAUUACGUGGGAUUUCCUUAAAGUCAUACUGCAAGCUUGUCUUAAACAGCACAGUUGAUGCACCGUUGGAUUUAAUGCGCGCCUUUAGCUUUGUAACCUGAAAGAUCAUGCUGAUGGGUUCACAUGUUGAACAAAUAUGUGAUUAUUCGUGUUAUUAAAAUAUAUCAAUUCUA